GCCUGUGCUCUGCGGCAGUUCAGACUAGAUGAUCUAAUGGCCCCUUCUGACCUGGCGCUCUGUGAAUCUAUGAAAGAGAAACCCCAUGCAGCGCCGUCUCUCAGCGCGGGGCUUGCUGUGUCCAGGGGCUGAGGGCCUUGGCAUGGGGCCACGAGGGGGAGUCAUGGUGCUGGUGGCUGGAGUGUCCCAUGGGGUGUGGCCCACCUGCCCAAUGGAGAGGGCCUAGCUGGGGGUGGCUUGGCUGGAGUGCCCGGAGCCCACACCUGACACACUUCCCUCUCCGGCUGCUCCCAGGACAUCCUGGAGAACGACAGCAUCAACCUGGACUGGAUGUUCCGCUACUCGCUCAUCAAUGACAUUGUGAAGGGAAUGGCCUUUCUGCACAACAGCAUCAUUGGGCACCACGGCAGCCUCAAGUCCUCCAACUGCGUGGUGGACAGCCGCUUCGUGCUGAAGAUCACAGACUACGGGCUGGCCAGCUUCCGCUCCAGCUGUGAUGCCGAGGACAGCCACGCGCUGUAUGCCAGUGAGUGCCCCCCCCAGCCCGGAGUGCACCUGCUCUCCACCCUCCCCCUCCUCCCCAGGAGCCCCGCUUCCUUCCCUGCCAGCAGCAUUUAACGAUGCGGCCUCUGGCGGGACACUACUGAGAGUAUCAAUUGAGGACAAAUUGCUCAGAGCAGG